AGGAAGUGAGCGCCUGGAUUUUGUUUCGCGUGUUAGAGGCAAAAGCGCUUAAAAAUGGAUAAUACUCUCGUGCAAACAGAGGAUUGGAAAAGUACUAAAGAGGCGGUUGCAAACUUCCGGCAACUGCUGCUCUGCUCUAAAUGCUCAAAUUUGAUGGAGGAUCCUGUGUGUCUGGGCAUGUGUGAGCAUAUGCUGUGCAGGUCUUGUGCUGGCCCCCGAGCAGGGGAUGGCUGUGUGGUGUGUCACAGCCCUGCGUGGGUGAAAGACAUCCAAAUCAACAGGCAGCUCAGCAGCAUCAUACAGCUCUUCUGUGGUUUGGAGUCCCUGUUCAAUCCCACAAAACAACCAGACCCCCCUGUUGCUGAAACACACCCUGGCACUGCUGUGUUGAAAAGCAAAAAAAUCUUUAAGAUCUGGUUCAGUCCCCGCAGUCGCAAGGUGCGGUGCAGGCCGGAGAAGUCAGAAGUCACAACACCAGACGGCAGUUCCUUGGUAGAAACAGCUGCAGCCCAGCAAAGCUCCCCCACUGCUCAGUGCCAGGACCUGUCAGUUUUUAAUUUUACCUCGUCUUCCCAGGACUCUUCUUCUUCUCAAAGUUGUGAGGGUGUGAAUAAAAAAAGAAGCAAGACGAGGUCAACCAAAAACAAUUGUAACAGACGUGUACAGGUGCAAAGACCCACUACCACCACACGUAAACAGGCCAAGGAGAAUUCAAAGAAGGAGAGGCUGGAGGCCAUAAAUCAGCAAUGGGGAAUAACAAAAGGCGCACAUGUUUCAUCUAAGCCAGAGCAGCCCUGUGCUGAUGUGGCAAGAAGGUCAAGUAAAAGGGUUUCUUUCCAAAGUCCUGCUGUCACCUCUGAUGAGUCUCAGCUUGAAGUACCACAGGUUAAUACUAAUGAACUCAAUCCUGCCAGCAAUUCCAUGGGAGGCAGCAUCUCGGGAGGCAGAAUCAAUGUACUGAAUUACCAAACCCAGCCUGGUCAGAGCAUGUCGAGCAGUGUAAUUCAGCAGGAUCAACUGCCUGCAAAUAACUCCAGCCCAAAUAAUAAUCCCGAAAAGCUGGUUAAAAUAUUUCUUUCUGAAAAACCCUCUAAAAGAGCCAGAGUUCAGGAGAAAGACAGCCCUUUAGAAGACACACCAAAAAGGCCGAGGGCUUCUCCUGGCAAAAGAAGAAAAUCACUGGCUCAAAUGUCCCCAGUUGUCCUUAACCCGCCAUCUUUAGAUAGUCCCAAGAGUGUUAGAAGCAGCAAAAAUUCUAGAGGGGAAGAAAAGGGUGGUGUGUUUGUUGCUUCACCUGUUUCUACAGAAAAUCACAACAAAUCUCCCUGUAGUCCUGGAUCAUCUGUGGGACGGCCCAGCCCUGGAAGCCCAGCAUUUAUGAAACGGAAUCACAAAGGAGAGACCUCUUUACACCUAGCUGCAAUCAAGGGAGAUGUAGAGGCUGUCAGGGAACUGCUGGACCAGGGAGUGGACCCCAACCUGAAGGAUAAUGCUGGGUGGACACCUUUGCAUGAAGCAUGUAACCUGGGCCACCUGGCAGUUGUGGAAGUGUUGGUCUCAAGAGGAGCCCUGCUGAACACACCUGGCUAUGAAAAUGAUUCUCCGCUCCACGAUGCUGUAAGGAACGGACAUCCUGCUAUAGUUAAACGACUACUGCAGCUUGGCGCCUCACAGAACGUUCUUAAUCUGCAUGGAAAGCGGCCUGCAGAUUAUGCAGUGAGCCUGGAGAUGUUGGAGAUUUUCCAGGAAGCUGCAGAAGCAACCCAAUAUGCUAAUUCUCAUACAUCUCCUGGCCCCUCAGCCAAUCUCUCAGCGGUGAGUGAGUGUCUGAGAAGGGAUCAAACUGCAGUGUUUUUGGCCAGCAAGCUGUCAGCAGCAGAGCGGCAUCAGCUGGCCAGACUGGGAGUGCUGCUGGGAGGGAGAGUGGCCGACACCUUUUCUGGCUCAGUGAGCCAUGUCGUGGUGCCAGAAGGACAAAUACCCACUACUAACUCCACCCUCCUGGGUCUUCUUGCUGGCUGCUGGGUUGUCAAAUACAGCUGGGUGGAAGCUUGUCUGCAGGCAGGGAAGUGGCUGCCUGAAGCUGAGCAUGAAGCAGGAGAAGGUCCUCGGCGCAGUCGCAUCAACAGAUGUAGCUUGCUUCCACCACUCUUUGAUGGCUGUUUCUUCUUCCUCCUCGGCUCCUUUAAGUCACCUACCAAGGACGAGCUCUCCAGGUUGCUGCGCGGAGGAGGAGGUCAGCUACUGAGCCGGCAACCCAAGCCAGACAGCGAUGUGACUCAAACGCUGAAUGCAGCAGCUUACCACGCCCAGCCAGGCUCUGAACAGGCUCUCAGCACCCAGUACAUCAUCUAUGACCCUCAGGGUCCUUACAAGCCUGCAGUAGUGAGACGAGGCAAGGUGUGGUCAGCUCCCUCCACCUGGCUCAUCGAUUGCAUCGUGGCCUUCUGCCUCCUCCCUGUAGCAGAUCCUCAAACGGUGAAAUAAUGGUCUAAACAUCAGUUACGUUGCUCAAGUUUCAUUUUCCUUCAAGCUUGUUCAGAAUGCAUAUUUUUGUUUUUUAACCUGUGGUGAAAAAGGUAAAUGCUAAAACAAAUUAAGUGUUGUAAUGAAAAUUGAAACAAUUAUGUAGUUUUAAGAGCAAAAGUACACAUUUUUUGUUUUUAACUGUUUGAAAAUGUAGCAUGCUUACAGUAUAUAUAUUAUACAGCAAUGCUGCCUUCAGGGGUGUCACUAGAAAUUGCAUCAUUAUUACCUGAAAAAGAAAAGUGGCUGCACACUACUCUGUGUAAUGUGAGUACUUUGCUGAAUGGCUUUUGCAAAUUGUUUGAUAUUGAUACCUUUCCUCUACUGAAUAAAUGACUUUGAGAUGA